CACCUUCCAUAUUCAAUUACUCACACAUGCUAUCUUCCAUAGCUACCUAGUUUCACUCUUUCCACUUCCUCACAAGUCAAACCCACCGUUUCUUGCUCAAUGGCAGCCUUAGAUCUCACAACUACAACCAUCUUGGCACUGCUUGUGGUUCUUGGCUUGUGCAGUGGAGUUCAUGCUGCACCACAAGUGCCAUGCUACUUCAUUUUUGGUGAUUCCUUGGUUGAUAAUGGGAACAACAACGAGCUUCAAUCUUUGGCUAGGGCUGAUUACCUGCCUUAUGGGAUUGACUUCCCUGGUGGACCUUCUGGCAGGUUUUCCAAUGGGAAAACCACUGUUGAUGGAAUUGCUGAACUCUUGGGAUUCGAUGAUUUGAUACCUUCAUAUGCUGAAGCUAGUGGCGAUGAUAUACUUAAAGGAGUCAAUUAUGCAUCUGCUGCUGCUGGAAUUAGAGAGGAAACUGGACAGCAACUGGGAGCGCGCAUUAGUUUUAGUGGGCAGGUGCAAAAUUAUCAAAGCACUGUGAGCCAAGUGGUAUCUUUACUAGGAAAUGAGGACUCAGCUGCAAAUUACUUGAGCAAGUGCAUAUAUUCAAUUGGGUUGGGUAGCAAUGAUUAUCUAAACAACUAUUUCAUGCCUCAAUUCUAUACAAGCAGCAGGGAGUACACACCAGAUCAGUUUGCAGAUGCUCUUAUUAGUGCAUAUAGUGAUCAGCUAAAAACUUUGUACAACUAUGGAGCAAGAAAAAUGGUGCUGUUUGGAAUAGGCCAAAUAGGUUGCAGCCCAAAUGAGUUGGCCAGAAACAGCCCAGAUGGUAAAACAUGCGUUGACAGAAUCAAUGUUGCAAACCAAAUGUUCAACAACAGAUUGAAAGGUCUCACUGACCAAUUCAACAGCCAGAUGCCUGAUGCAAGAGUCAUCUACAUAAAUUCGUAUGGUAUCUUUCAAGAUAUUAUAAGCAACCCUGCAGCCUUUGGUUUCAGUGUCAUCAAUGCUGGGUGUUGUGGGGUAGGAAGGAACAAUGGUCAAAUUACAUGUCUGCCAAUGCAAACUCCAUGCCCUAACAGAAGAGAAUACUUGUUUUGGGAUGCUUUUCAUCCUACUGAGGCUGGAAAUCUAAUUGUAGCUCAAAGAGCAUACAAUGCUCAAUCUGCAUCAGAUGCUUACCCUAUGGAUAUCCAACACUUAGCUCAGAUCUGAUCUCUAAGAUGAACAUGGUCUAGUGGGGUAGUGGCCAUAAGCUGUGCCACAACCACAUCUAAUGUUCUUGGAAUGUGUUAUUUAUUUAUUUUCAGUCAUAAGAUCUUGAGUUUUCUCUCAUCUUUUUCUUACAUAUUCAUAUAUGCUAAGUGUUCAUGUGGAUUCAUAAGUAUAUGUGUAAUUGUGACCAAGCUUUUGGAAGAUUACUUAUUUAAUUACAGUGAAUAAUCUGUUGUAGCU